AUGAGUCUAUGCUCUUACGACAUUGAUGGCAAUGUUUUGCAAACUGUGGACAAAGUCGCUGAUCUUGGCUUCUUCAUAUGCCGCAGUCUCACUUUCGGUGAACACAUAAAUAUGGUUGUGAGCAAGGCUACUAAUAAGGUGGGUAAACGGCAACAACUGCUGUUCAAACCCUCGUACAUGAGUAUCAAGGAAAAAUUACUAUACGGCAACACUACGCAAAUCAUCACCACUUACUCGUAA